GCGUGUUGUCGCCCGAAGGUUGACCCGAAACGAGGCCCCAAGUUUGCGAUCCCUCGCUGCGGGAGGUCUCAAAUGGAGGGGUGGCUCCUUGCAUGUUCGCUUAGAGAGUCACAUUGUCCAUCCCUAGCCGGUGACACAGUGAAAGUGGCUGCAGCCUACCCCGGUCGAACUUGUCGGAGUCCGGAGUAUUCGUGUUAUGGGGGGUGAUGCUGAUGGGGAUGGAGAAGCAAAGCCAAGAAGCCGGCGAGACGAAGGAGCGCCACCGCCUUUGUCGGGCACGUGAUCUGCAUGUGAUCUGGCGGGCGCCAGCGUCUCCCCGCAUGUCUUCAUUGGUGGUCUUCUGAUGCCUGCAGCUCUCUAUAUAACACCUCCUCUUUCCCAACAUGACCAGGCCGGUCGCUUCUCUUUGCCGCCGGGUUCUUGAUAACUGAACAUCUGGCUCUCUCUUUGAUUCCACUCACCGACAGGGCAGGAACGACCGGCAAAGUCCACCAUGUCGUCCUCGGAAUCUUCUUCCUUCCAUCCCCCCACUUCUAUUCCUCCGCGCACAAGCUCAGCUGGUAUGGUCGACUGCAUUCAUUCACACCCCUAUUUAUCGCGCAUUUUUAACGGGUUGACGGCAAUCCCGGAAACAGGUCGCCUAUCUAUGAACGGAGACUCUCUUCAAACGAACAUGGAUCCUUCGCGCCGGCACACCCGCAACGUGUCCAGCUUGGAUGGGACGAAACACAAGGAUGGCCAAUGGUCUCACGAGAACGAGCGCAUCUUGAUGGGGCCCUAUGACUACAUGGUACAACACCCGGGUAAGGACAUUCGACGGCAGCUCAUAAACGCCUUCGAUGCCUGGCUGAAGGUUCCCUCGGAGAGUCUCGUGAUCAUCAACAAGGUGGUAGCCAUGCUGCACACGGCUUCGUUAUUAAUCGACGACGUCGAAGACGACUCUGUCCUCCGGCGUGGAAUUCCCGUGGCCCACAACAUAUUUGGCACCGCGCAAACCAUCAAUUCGGCGAACUACGUGUAUUUCCUGGCUCUCCAAGAGGUCCAGAAGUUGAACAACCCUACGGCGAUCAACAUCUACGUUCAGGAACUACUCAAUCUUCACCGUGGUCAGGGGAUGGACCUCUUUUGGCGAGACACGCUCACUUGCCCCAGCGAGGAGGAAUACCUGGAGAUGGUCGGGAAUAAAACCGGGGGUCUGUUCCGACUGGCGGUGAAAUUGAUGCAGGCCGAAAGUAGCACGGGGAAGGACUGUGUGAGCCUGGUCAACGUGCUAGGAUUGAUCUUCCAGAUCUGUGAUGACUACCUGAACCUGUCCAACACCACAUACACCAAACAUAAAGGUCUCUGCGAGGACCUUACGGAGGGGAAAUUCUCGUUCCCCAUCAUACACAGCAUUCGCUCGAACCCCAAAAACCUCCAGCUUAUCAACAUUCUCAAGCAGCGGACUAAGGAUGACGAGGUCAAGUUGUAUGCAAGAAGCUAUAUGGAGAGCACCGGCAGCUUUACACACACGCAGGAAGUAGUUCGGGAUCUGCAUAAGAAGGCGUUGAAGCUGAUAGACGACAUCGAGGCCAGCGGGACUGGUAAGAAUCCCGAGGGGCGUGAUGAUGGCGAGAUGGUACGAUUGAUCCUCAACAAGAUCACCGAGGCGACAUUGAACGCCGAUGGGCCCAGUCAAUAGGCUGGGCUAGUUUUCUCGUCUACGUUCUACUAAACAUGUGCCCUCUCGAGCGGGACCAUCACUUAUCAUUUGGCAGCCUGUGCAAUCAUCGUUCCUCCUUAAUAUUCUCUACAUUGGCGCUAUUAAUAAUGACCGUGACGAAUCUUCU